AUGGAGGAAUUAUCGAGAGCUGAAUUUGCAAGAUUGAAUGCCGCGGAGAAAGAAAGAUAUUUGAUCGAGAUAUUAGGAAACGAUGAUAAUGAGUCAAUCAGGACAUCUGACAGCGAUGACGACGACUGGGUACCAGAUGAAAUUUUGUCCGAGCGUGACGCUUCUGAUAGCGAUGAACCUGUUGAUGAUUUAGCUCAAGAAAUUGAUGCACCUACCGAAGAAGAUGACGAAGAAAAUGAAGACACUGAAGAAGAGCGAGAGGAAGAAGGAGAAGCUGAGGCUCAAAGAGAGGAUCAAGCAGCAGCUGCAGCACGAGCAGGGGAAACACCAAGCACUUACAUAGCCAAAGAUAAAACUGUAUGGAAUAAAACGCCGUUUUAUCAACAUCAAAUUGCAUCUCAUAAUAUAAUACGUCAGCGAAAUGGUCCUCAUCGAAGUACCGAAACACUUUCAAUAAGCAAUACUUUCAAGAAGAUAUUUACAGUACAUAUGGUAGAUAUUAUCAUUCGACAUACAAAUAAAAAGGCUUUGUCAGUUUACGCAGCAUUCAAUGCAGCGCAUCCAGAUUCGAAGCGAGAAUGGAAGCCUGUUACUGUACAAGAAAUAUAUUCGUUCAUGGCUAUUUUGAUUUGCUCUGGUGUAAAUAAUUCUAAUACCGAUCAUACAUCUGAUAUGUGGCAUUCAAAUUCAUAUCCACUCUAUCGAGCGACAAUGGGGCUCAAUAGAUUUCGGAACAUUUUGCGUUUUAUUAGAUUCGACGACGCCAAUACACGCCAGCAACGCGCAAAAGAAGAUAAAGCAGCUCCGAUCCGUGAUCUCUGGACAAUGCUCAACGCAAAUUUAUCUAAGAUGUACAAGCCAACGGAGAAUUUAACGAUCGAUGAACAACUUUAUCCUUUUCGCGGUCGCACAAAAUUUACGCAGUAUAUUCCUUCGAAGCCGGCCAAAUAUGGCAUCAAGAUUUGGUGGAUUUGCGACGCUGAAAAUGCCUAUCCCUUGCACGGCAUUAUUUACACAGGCAAAACAGGUAACGUUCGAGAGAAAAACCAAGGAGAAAGAUUAGUAAAAGAACUUGCAGCCGCGUACCGAGGCAGUGGUAGAAAUAUUACCAUGGAUAAUUUUUUUACAACGUUACCUUUUGCUAAACACUUGCUAUCAUGGAAGUUAACUUUAGUCGGUACUUUGAAAAAAAAUAAACCAUACAUUCCAAGUGUGAUGGCUCCGAAUAAAUCGAGAGAAGUAUACUCUACUGUGUUUGGAUUCCAUGAAAAAGUAACGCUGUGUUCCUACGUACCAAAGAAAAAUAAAGCAGUAAUUCUAAUAUCUACGAUGCAUUCCGACAUGGCUGUGAACGAUGAUGCUAAGAAGAAGCCCCACAUUAUUACAUAUUAUAAUAAAUAUAAAGCUGGCGUCGACACCAUGGACCAAAUGAUCACCAGAUAUACUACACAACGUCGCACUUUGAGAUGGCCGCUUGUUAUGUUUUUCAACAUAUUAGACGUUACCUCACUCGCUUGCUAUCUAAUUUAUUAUGAAAAUAAUAAAAUGAUACCGAGAAAAACCAACCAGCGGCGGAUAUUUCUGCGCCAAUUGAGCGAAGAACUUGCAGAACCAAUGAUUGUCACUCGAUCUCAAAACGUACAAAUAAUGAGAAAUUAUAACACAAAGAUCGCUAUAGAAAGUGUGAUCGGACGGAUAGUAAAUCCUGUGGAGGCUACUCGGGCAGUUGAACGAGAUGUAUCAGGAAGGAAGAAAGUCACCGGUUCCUGCCAAAUUUGUUAUAAACAAACAAUUAGGAAGAGAAGGAAAACUCGAAAGGCCUGCUCCCAAUGUAAUCAACCUGUCUGCGAUGAACAUGCAAUAACUUUCUCAAAAUGCAUAGAAUGUAACAAAUAA